GGAUGGGGAGGAGGGGAUGACCAGAUGUGGAUGUCUGACCUUUACCUGCCCUCGAUGAAGGGGCUACGGAUGAGGGAGGUGAGUGCUGACCGUGUACCCCAAACCUGUUCUCUCUUCACAGGCCAUUCAUUUAGUAACUCUAGAGAUUUGGCAUUUCCCCCUUAAGUCGGGUACUCCAGAGACCUUCCCCUGAUGCUAAACCACUCCUGAGUGGUCUCAGUUGGCAGAUUGUGACGAUGGAGAUGCCGCAGGCUUUGCACAGACGUCACUCCCGUGGUACAGGAAGAACCUCACAGGCAGCGUCAGGUGUCCCUGCAGGACUGAUAGGUUCAUAGCUGGAAAACCAGGAAUGUCCUAAAACUGCACAGACAGUCAGCAUUCCACUUAUCAAAUGACUUGGUGCCAGAUUUUUCUUGUAUCCUAAUUUUUGCCAUCUAACCAACGACAGAUACUUCUCGAGCGCAUCCUAUGUGGCAUCUCUGUCCUCCCUCUGGCGAUAUGGAAAGGAUGCUUCUGAAAGCUUACGUUUACAUCCGUGUUCAGAGACCAUAAAGAGAAGUAUUCUCUAGUUCGUCAGUUUGCAUGCACUUUAGCUAUUUGUGCACCUACUGUGUUGUUCCAAGCCUCGCUUGCCAACACACGCACACGCGUGCACACACCCGGGCACAGACACGCACACGCACGCCUGCACCUGCCAAGAUUAAGGAGAGAAUAGAGGAAGUGGGCACAGGAGAAAAGCUAGCCGUUAUCUAUACGUGGAGGAAACUGCGUGCUUAAAAUGUAAGUAGCCAUAAUUGAAUAAUACUUAGCUACCUUUAAAAUAUGUAAAAGACUGUUAUCAGGCAUUCACGGUUUCCUUACUGUGUUUCCUCUGAGAGACUAUAAUCAGAGGAAGCUGUAAAAUAACUUAACGUAGCAGAAGUUUGGAUCUGAAAGUCAUACCAUAAUAGGUUCUUCUCUGCUCGGCCCCAGGAAUUCUGAUAAAGAUGUUUGUCAGUUAACCCUGAGAAUAACUUGUAAUUCUCUCUUGUCAUUAGCAGCAGUCAUAACCGUGUAGAGACAUAGCAAUCUAGAAGAGCCUCUGAUGUGGCGGUCGGGGGCCUCAUCUCGGGAGGUUUAUAUUUGAUUAGCAAACGUCCGUUCUAGAUGGUGCUCCUGGGUAUGGCAAACAGUCACUUUUCAGAGGCUUUCUAAGCUGCUGUCCAAUCAUAUCCUGCUUAUAAUGGUUUCCCAAGAAGGAAUGCUUCAAGUUUAACGUCUGUUUCUAUAUCUCUCUUUGUCUUUAUGAAAUUACAUUUCCACAAACGUUAUUUGUCUUUUCGCUGCUUGCUUCGCAUCCUAAUUAUUAGGUGUUGUUGUUUUGACCUCUUCACAGAGAAAAGUGCCAGCUGUUUGAGCUGGUGAGCUCAUGAACACACGUGAAAAGGCAGACCCCUGGUUUUUCCCAUGGUCUUCUCAAGAACAAACCCUUCUUCUGGGGUGCUUUGUUCUUGUUGUUAGGCAGUGCAACCUUUCGGAAGUGGCUGGAGCCGGCCCCCUCUCCUGCAGACACUCUCAGGGUGCUUUCCCGUCUGCAGUUCUUCCCAAUAAAAAGCAGGAGAGGAGGCUUGUGGCAGAACAGAGACGAGGAUGAGGAGGUGCCUCUAGAAGAAAUGGGAAGACUCCAGAAGCACAGUCUAGAACUUCAUUUGUCUUGGUAGCUGGGCCUCCCUCGAGAGGAUUGUGAGUUGCGUUUCUUCGUCAGGUGGAGAACCGGGUUCGUAAGGAAGCCAGGACGUUUCCAAGUGAGAGGCACUGGAUGGUAAGGAUGUGAAACCUGGGUCCAAGAAGGCACUGCAGUUGGGUCUUCGGUUCUGGUUCACUCUGUUUCAGAGAUGAUGAUGCCUCUGAGUGCUUGACGAAGAACAAAGAGCCUUAGACCAGAGGCUAGCUGAGGGUAGACUUGUACUUGAUGUACAUGACUGUGGGAUCAGUGUCCUUGUCUGUCUACACAGAGAGCCGACUGCUUCCUCCUAGCUCCUUCUGGCUCCGGUUUACCUUCCUUGGUGGCUGCCUCCCUCACUCUUCACUGUCGUAAGCUUCGCUUCUGAGGCACAGAGUGCUCCAUAGACCGCCACGUGAGCGUGGGGGUGCCGACAGACUCGUGAAAGGGAAGUGAGGAGCUCGGAGUGGUUUGUUUCAUUUCAUUGUCGAUGGCGGCAGUGUGUGGAUUGUGCCAGUGAAGACAUUUUACCUUGGUGAAAGAAUAUCCCUGUUUAAGAGAAAAUAGGAAAAUACUGAGACAGUCUGCUUCACCUAUUGGAGUUAUGUGCAAAAAAAGGGAUCAGAGCUUGCUCUUCCUGCUUUGUUGUAAUAAACUAAAUAUUGGUUUUGUUCGACAUCAUCAUUGUGGAAACGGGUGUAGCUUCUUCCUUAGAGACCAGCCAUCACCGGAGGGGCAGAGUCUUGUUAUGACAGUCAGCUAUAUCAUUAUUUCCUGUUAUUGUGAAGGCCCAUUGAUUACAACUUCAAAAAAGACAAUACGGGCCGAAAAUAAUCAUCGCAUAAGACAAACACUCAGUUCUUUCUCUCUUUCCUUUGUGCCCCUUACCUCCUUCCUUGAUGUAAGGAAAAGAAUUUCAAAAUUAUCUACUCUGCUGAGAAUUUAUUUUAAUUGGGUUAAUAAUAGUAGUGAUUGUUUAAAAAAAAAAAACCAAGGGCUUAUUGUGUGUCAGGCACUCUGCUAAACAGUUUAAAUGCAUUAUCUCAUUAAGCCCUCCCAACAAACCCAAAAAGGAAGGAACUACUCCCGUCCCUUGAGUAUAAAUGAAGAAUGAGAGGCAAAAGCCAAGCGAAGUAUCUUGCUGAAGGCUCUGAUUGGAAAGCCCGCGCCCGGGCCGGGGGCUCACGCUCCCUGGCGGCUUGCCUCACUCUCCCCAUUGGCGUACUGAGAAGUCCAAAGCCACCGACGCUCCCGUCAGCCCUGUCGACUCCGAGUAGCCCUCCCUGGGGGGCAGGCACAGGUUUUAUCAUCAGCCCGUGCUGAGGUGGUCCUCUCAGCCCCAGACCACUCACGACCACGCCUACUGGAGAAGAAAAGGACAGGAGGUCGGUGGCUUGCUGGGGCCAAGGGCCCGAGAAGACCCAGAGGUCAGAGGGAUGGCCCAAGCCCACAGUCUGCCCGUUCACAUGAGGGAGGGCCCAUGGGAAGUUGGAGGAAGGACAGAGAACGUGAUGAAGAAGGCAGUUUGGGAAGAAGAGCUGAGAAUGGCAGGACCUGCCAAGUGGCAGAAUAUAAGCCUGGAGAGCUGGAACCAGCCAAAGAAAUUAGGGAGGCAAAUGUCUGAUGGUGAUGGGGAGAGACUGUUUCAAGAUCUGUACCCGUUCGUGCAAGGAGAACAUGUGCUGAAUUCCCAAAGCAAAGGGAAAUCCCAGUCAUUGCCCAGGGUUCUUUCCCCCGAGGGCCUGAGUUGCAUGGAAAUUCCCAUUCCAUUAAAUGACGGACAUUUUCCAGGUGUUCCUAAAAUGCCAUUUUAUCCCCCAAAUUGUGCACCAAAUUUGGAAUCCAAAAGGAACCCCGAGAAGGGGGGUUCGUCGGUCCCUUUCCCCCGGCCUAAGUUUGGGAGACCCCUCAAGCCUCCACCUUACGACUCCCACCAACACUCCAGGGCGGGCGUGGAGGCCAUUGACUCUCUGGACAGUCAGCAGGCGGACUUGUGCGUCUCCUACUUGACCAAAUCCAGCGAGCCCCGGCUGGAGCUGUGCGCGCCCGACUCUAGUUUGGAGCCUCCCGUGUACGUGCCUCCGCCAUCGUACAGGUCGCCGCCCCAGCACAUCGCAAACCCCUACGUGGAGGACACAGUGCCUGGGCCCGUGUGUAGUCCCCGUCAGCAGCAGCAUCCGUUGGAGCCGGCCGGUCCCCCUGGCACCGGCAAUGAGUAUGGUGCAAGCCCACACUCUCCUCGCGGGGUCCCUCAGCAGCCCCGGCCGACCACCACGUACGACGGCUCCGUUCUGUAUAUUCCCUUUGACGACCCACGGAUACGGCAUUUUAAGCUGGCCCGCCCCCGGGGUUUCUGUCAAGAAACAACAGCCAACGAGAAGUCCUACAACUCUAGUCCCAGCACUGCCCCGGCCCCCGCUCAUGGAAACGGUCAACAAGAUGGUGCCGUUUUGAGCCCACAGAGUGUGAGAACCUCGCCAGGGGGUGUGAGCGGCCCGGCCACUGCCGAUCCCAGUCCCUGGUGGCUGUGGGACCAGCUCCCCAGGGAUGCGGAAAAUGGCGCUCCUGACCAAAGAGCCCACGGCACCGUGGGGGGACAGUGGCCUGCCCUGGAUGGCGGCGGCCGGGGCGGGCACACAGAAGGCCUCGUCUCCCCCCCAAGCCUGCAGGGCGAGAGUACCUGUGAAACUCGAACCAAGCUCAAGAAGUUCGAAACUGGGAUUCGGACCAAGAAAAGUUCAAAGAAGAAAAUGAACGAGACAAUAUUUUGUUUGGUUUCCAUCCCAGUUAAAUCAGAAUCACAUCUGCCAGAUAUAGAUACGAACAACAAUGACUUAAAACAGGGCACUGAUAAAAGGAAUGGGCUUGAUAAGAGCGCAGCUUUGCAGGAACAAAGUCUGCUGAGCAUGUCUUCCACCGACCUGGAGCUGCAGGCACUCACAGGAAGCAUGGUGGGGAGAACAGAGUUCCAGAAACAAGAUCUGGGGGAACCAGAAGAAGCCAAACAAACAAAUGACCUCAGAUUCAUUCACCCUGCACAACACAGAGAGCUCAAGUAUUCUGGCUCGUGGCCAGGGCACCAGUACAGAGAUCAGCAAACCCAAACCACUUUUGCAGAGGAGUCCAGAAGCGCGCUGUCCCUCCCCGGUCAGAAGCCGGGAGGCUCACCAAAAGCAGUGCUGACUCCAAAAUACUCAGACCCUCUUGUCUCUGAGGCUCACGCGCCCACGGAGUUAGCUCCCGGCGACCGAAACGAGAGGCCAAGUGCUCAUCACCCGAAAGGCCAAAUGUCCCUCAGCCCCUCCAGCAACAGUGCUUUCUCAAGGACUUCCUCCUGCGUAAGCCAGGCACCUGUUUCAAAAGCCGGGCCCAGUCAGGCCUGCGCUGAGGGCCGUGGCCGCAGAGCCAGCCCCGUGCCCAGGGGCGACGUGGUGAAGGGGGAGACCACCGGCCCGUGCAACAGCAAACAGCUGUUUGGUCAGUUUCUCCUGAAGCCAGUUAGCCGCCGUCCCUGGGAUUUGAUUAGCCAGCUAGAGAGUUUUAACAAGGAGCUUCAGGAAGAGGAAGAGAGCAGUCCUAGUGGCAGCGACAGCGACAGCAGCAGCGAGGACAGUGACACAGAGUGGCAGCCCGAAGGCCGUGCUGAGGCCACGGGCAAGCACUGGGGCUGCGGGGGAGACGGCCAGGCGUGGAGGGUUGAGGAGCCCGGGGCCAGGCCGGGAAGAGCCAAGAGUAAGUCCGAAAGCUGGAGCGAGGGGCAGAAGCCUGGCUGGCCUGGCACCCGUGCUCAGUGCCCGGGCCCCGUGGAGGUGGAAGGAGGCCGGGGGGCGGCGGUGGCGGCACACGGAGGCCCGAUCGCCGACGAGGGAAACCAGGAGGUGGACCGCGCACUGAACACCGAGCCAGCCGUCAGCCCAGGUCCUGUGAAGAGAGCGGCUUCCUCCAGGUCAGGUGACACAAAACCAGUGCCCUCGUCGGAUCCAGCCUCGCUGAGGCAGCCCCCGGGAAGCCAGGCACUGCCCCGUGUUCCCAUUUCUGCCGAGCUGAGCCCAGCGACCCCUCGGAAGGCUGGUGGCGAGGAGGGGAGGAGCCCGCCGGUCCCGCUCGCUCUUGCCAACAAACCCCGAGGGCUCUCGGCGCCGGACUUGAGGUCUGUGGGACUGACGCGGGCACAGGAGCAGAGUGCCGGGAAGUCAGAUGCGUCUUCAGGUGAAGCCAGUGCAAUAGAAAUCCCCCCAAAUGAGUCCCUUCAAGCAAGGGCUGCGAGGAUCCUGGGCAUCGAGGUGGCCGUGGAGUCCCUGCUGCCAGGCACCAGGAGAACGGGACCGGACCAGCACCCCGAGCCUGACGGAGGUGGCCGCGGGCUGGAGGCCCCCAGGGAGGAGCCUGGGUCCGGUUCACAGCUGGAUGACCCCGCAGCGUCCCCUGACGCCUUUUACGGCAGGAGAAAGUGCGGCUGGACCCAAAGCCCUCUCUUUGUAGGGGAAAGGGACAGCGCCCGUCGCGCUGCCCUGGCCGCUGAGCCCUCGGGUGCGGACGGGACUGUCCCCAGCAAGGCCCCCAGCCCCGAGCCUCAGUACAGUCCCCAAGAGUCCAGGUCCUUCAAUCCCAAGGACAUGGGGACAAAACCACCCUUCAAGUCCACCCUGUUCCAUUUUAUAGAAAGGACCCCAAAUAUGCCAGGCUCAGAAAAGAGGCUCAGAAGCACUUCCAAAGUGAUUGAAAGUUUACAAGAAAAACUGGCUUCGCCCCCUAGGAGAGCAGACCCCGGCCGCUUGAUGAGGAUGAAGGAGGUGAGCUCUGUGUCCCGGAUGAGGCUCCUGACCUCCCGGAGCGCUGACUCCACGGAGGAGGCCGAGGAACCGAAGGCCGAGAGGGACCCCGGGAUGCAGCCCGGAGGCCCGGUGUCUCUGAACGCCGGGGACCUGGCUCGGAAGGCCGGGCUCCCGCUCGUCGUCUCCAAGGGCGCCCUCCCGCCGGAAGAAGACGGUCGUCCAACGGCACACGGGGAGAAGAAGACCGUCCAUCAGGAUUUCUGGUGCCCAGAUUCAUACGACCCUAGCAGAGUGGAGAGGGUGUGAGGAGACGCCAGUGAGCACGGGACUGCCAGAGUUUACUAACUGAGUGUUCUCUCGUUUAGCCCGACUUGCCCUUGUGUAAGCUGGAGACUACUGGCCCUUCGUGUACCGGGUAACAUCCUUUACCACUGCCACCGAGAACUUCGUCGUCCCCACGGAAUCGCUGUGUGGAAAUAAAGCAUUAGUCCGUUGAAACCAUCUGUUUUUAUAAUAUAAAGAGUGAAUGCCUGUAUUUGGAAAGGAAUCACAUAAACUCUCCUUCAUGACGGGUUUCGCCAAGCUGGUAGAUAGUUUGGUGUUAAUCUGGUUCUAUGUGAAAAUUCAAACGUGAGUGAUUUUAAAAGGACUGUGAAUGUCGUAAAUUCCCCUCUGCGUCUCCACGGCCUGUGGUCCGCGCUUGCGUUAAGGAGUUUGGGACGCGGGCCAACUGCCCAGCGUCCCGGCGCUUUGAGUUUAGGGGAGACGUGAUGAAUACAUCUGACCCAUUUCUAAGCAAUUUGGCCUUCUGCUGCUGCAAGUAACUCUGUUUAUAAGUAGCUUGCCAUCAGAGGAUAAGAGCGAUACCUUUUAAGUUUCUAAAAGAUUAAAACUUGUACCAUAAUGUACUCAGAGUAUUAUUUAUCUGGCAGUGAAAUCCUUCGAUCACUCGCAAACAUGCCACUGUCUGCUUUGCACUCCGUACUAUUUUUAUGUUCUGUAUGGAUGUUUAGAAAUCCUUUAUAUGAGAAAUGACUGCUGGUUUAAAAUAGACCAUUUUAACAAAGUAACUCUAUUUCUUUUUACAAAAAUGCUAUUUUUCUAUGAUGUAAACAAUUGUGAGGUGGCAGAUUUUUAAGGAAGUAUUAUUUUAUUUAAGAGUCUGUAUCCCUUUGUGUGAGAGGAGCCCCCAAAAGGGCUCGGAUUUUGCUUUAAAGCACACGUCCCUUGCCCACUCACACCUCAGCCACUUUUAUUUUAUCUUAGAGAUGUCACUAUAGACAGUUUACAGGGUUAAUAAACUUUUCACGAAGAUGCUUUUGCAAAUGUAGCUGUAAGGUUAUAUUUGAAAAUAACCCUCUUAAAACCAGCCAACAUCCUUACAACUAUUUUUGCUGCCAUAUCCUCUAGGAUUACCAAAAAAACAUGGUUUCAUCUUGAUAGGUCCCAGGAUCAACCGUGGGACCAAACUUUCCUCCCCCUUCCCCCUGCCCCUCUAUGAAAUAUGUAUUUUUAUCUGGGAUGGUCGUUAAUUAUUAGUCUCGGCAUAUUUUUUAAAAGUGCUAGAGACAUUAUAUAUAUGCCAUCACUGAAGUAUUACGAGGCCUAUGCAUUCUGCUGUGUUUACCGUUGCAGUAACAUGCACAGAGUUAAUGGGUCUUCAUGCUUCUGCCCCUCCUUUCUAAGUAAGGUGUUCUCGUUAGCGAACACUUCCUGAAUGGGUUCUUGUCGCCUUCCUUCCUCCUUCCCUUUCCUGUCCUUCCUUCCCCCCCCUCUCUCUCUCUCUCUCUCUUUUUUUUUUUUUUUUUUGUUGAGAAACCACCUUAUCUAUUUUUAGACAUUUCAAAUUCCUAAAAUGUGAACUGUUGGGUGGUCUGCAAUUUGGCCCGAAAACACCUCCGACCGGGCUUUCGUGGCCCGUUUUUAUCUGUACCAUCUGAUCUGAUUUCCUAAGAACUUCAUGCAUUUGGACUGUAAUAAACAAUACAGAACCGAAGUCGUCCUGAGCAGUCGCCUCAAAUACGCUUCUCUGCAGUCUUGGUCCUUACCCAUUACCCCGAGUCUUCUACUUCCUUCCAGAUUUUGGCUCUUGUGAAAAGUUGUCGUGGGCUCUUGCUUUCCCCGCAAAGGACAUGGGCCAAGUCUCCGCGUUAGGAGUGGCAGAAACUUCUUCCCGGGAAAAGUUUUAAUGGGGAAGAGGUCAGUUACUCUGUUACAGUUGGUGAAUCGCUCAAGUCAUCUGAGAACUAAUUGAGGGGGGCCACAGGGAGGUCUUUGUGGGGGGUUCUUCCCUCUGCAUUGCAGAUGGAAGAAGGUAUACGUGUAUAUAUAUACGUCCACAUAUAGGCACAUACAUAUAUCCAUAUGUAUUCACUCUGCUCUGACUUCCUCCUAAAUUUGCUGAUCCCAUCUAAAAACUUCUUGUAAUCAAAAUAAUUUGAGAUUUAGCUGACUCCUCAAGAGAAAGAAAAGGAUCCUGAAGAGAAAAAAUUAUAGUAAUCUAUGUAGAUCACAAAGCAAAAUUUCUUUCAGUUUCUAUUUGAAAUUGUAUCAUCUUUCUGAAACCAUUCUGAAUUUAGCCACAAUUAUCAAUAUUUAUACUUUGAACCUUAAUUUCUGGAUUCCAGCCUGUAUAUAAAUCUUUGGUGUGUGGCGAGGAGGAUAACUUUGACAAUUUGACUUUUAAACUUGCAUAUUCUGAAGUAAAACAUUAUCUAAUCCAAAAUAGCUUUCCUGGAAGUUUUGAACUUAAUGCUGAUUAUUCUCUUAUUAUUACUAUUUCUCAUACAUAUAUAACUCUCCAUUAUUAUUUGUGGCUGGAAAAAACAAGUGUUCCUAUUUUGUGUUUGUCAUCGUUUUCUCGCACGGAUGCUAACUGGUCGUGUCUCGUACUUUGGGGCUUAUAAAAUUAAAAGCUAUAAUUUUGACCAUUUGGACCAAACGUUACAUGCGGCAUUGCAUAUGAAAUGUAUUUGUCUUUUUUGAUGUGCAGAGCAAGGGAAAGAAUGUUGGUAAUACAGCUCGAGUUCCCUUUUUUUUUAAGACAAUUUCUAAAUUAUCGAAAACCAAGUAUCUUCAUUAUCCCAUUCAACCUUACGUUUCUGCAGACCGCAGAAAACCGCCCGCUAAUGGGGCACAGCUCCUGAGUGUGUCUUCAGAAUUCUUUUCCAUGCCGCUUGGAACAUGGAAUUCUUUAGAAGUCCCUUAAAACGCAUCUAGUCUCCGAGAUGCUGGUUUCCUCACUGAAGUCGUAGGUUAAGGUUUGGAUCCACGUGCAAAUUCGAAGUAGAACUUUUUCUGUUCUGUCGCACUGUUGGUGAAGUGUUGUUAACGUGGAGCUCAAAUGUGUAAUAACGUGGAUGGCUCCGGAACCAGACCCUGACCGCCUCCUGCAGCCACAGAAUGACUUCCUGUGAUGGCAGCUCGGCCUCGGGCUCCCGAGGAGGAAGGGCGAAGCCGAUCCGCUGUGGACACAACUGCUUCCCAGCUCUGAGCAGAAACGACUGAUGGAAAGUCUGAUUCAGCCACCAUUUCAUCCAUGACCCCCUCUCCUGCCCCCCUCCCCGCCCCAGAGAUUGUGUUUGUGUGUUUUGGCUAUUUCGCUUUGUUUUGUUUUGUUUAAAAUGAUUAAGCAGUACACAAUGAAGUGUCAGGUUAGCAGCUCUUGGAAAGUGACCAGCACAGCAGAACUCCCACCGUCUAAAUAUCUGAGCUUUAGAGAAACACUCCCAGCUUCCCAAGUUCUUGUGAGCAGUGACUUUUGUGUCUGGACCAUUUUCUGCCAGAUCCAUCUGUGCUUAGGGGACGGAACGAAGGGUGGGAGUGCGUCUCAGGCAGGGCUCGUAGGCCUGGGGGAGUUCUGCGUUUUCUUUUGCUUUUGUUUUUAACAGCAGAUUCUGUACAUCUGUUUGUAGGAGGAGAGUUGCUACUCAGGACAGGAUUUAAGAGACAGAUUCCAAGUGACCUUUAAGAGUCUGCGUGGUGGGAGGCCCUUUUCCAGGAGUGGGGGUUGGCCCACUUUGGGACCCACCAAGUGAAGAAGAAGGGGGAUGAUAAAGAAUAACAUUAAAGAAAGAACACCCCACCCCCUAGCCUGCACGCUUUGUUUCAAAAAAAAACAAAAAGAGGGUUAAGACUACAAUUCGGAUUGAGACCUCUUAGAAAGGUCGAUACGGUCUAGCAGUCUGCCCAUUGAAACAGUCCUUGGGUUCAUCAGCAGUGCAGAGAGGCGGGCGGAGUGCCUGCAGAUUCCUGGCUUUGACUUCCGAGAGCCCCUAUCGCAGUUGUGUUAUAGAAGACAGGGAGGUCCUGGUUCUCUGGCCUCUGCUCAGUGACUGAAACUUGAACCCGAAGGCAAGUCCAGAUUGUCCAACCAUUCGUGGCAUUGCCUUGACUGGGAGUGAGGAGGAAACACUCCUCAUAAGAUCACCUGUCCCCUUUUCCAUACAGAAGUCAGGUCUGCUGGGGCCUGUGGCUAAGCCGAAGGAGCAAGACCGCUCUCUCCUACUACCCUUCACUCCACCCUGUAGCAGGGCCAACAUGCGUGACACUCACUGUCACGGAGCAAGAGAGAGACAAGAGCGAGUUCAAGUCGAGAAGCAUAUGGCAGAAAUUAGAAAUGAAAACCAUAUGUCGGAGCCAGGGAGAAAAGCAGUAACCUACGGAUUAUAAAAAUCAAUGAAUUACUCCCCACUUGGGUCAGCUGAAAUUUGAGCCCUCACACUCAGGCCUGUCAGGAAUGCUAAGCAGAAGCAUCUCAAAAAAAAAAAAAAAGAAAAAGAAAAAAGAAAGAAAGAAAA